AGGGAACUAGCCACAGCCGUCCGAGUCCAAAUCCAUCGCUGGUCACACCCGCAGCAAGCCAGCAACAAUGGCCGUCCUCCGAGCAUCCCCGGUCCUACCCCAACCCAUCCCCUCCUCCUCCUCCGCCUCCCAAUCCCGGAGACCCUCCAGAGGCAGAAUCACCGCCGCAGCGCUCCCAAGAACAAGCCUGCUCCCGCUCAAGUCCAGCUGCCAUGCCGGCGCCAAGAAGACCCUUCUUCCAAGAAGAGGGCGAGAGCGGCUCCCCUGCUUACCCACGAAGGAGGAGGUCGCUGCGGUGGGCGGCGCGGAGGAGGAGGAGGAGGAGCGGCGCUACCUGGCGAGGGAGGCCUGGUGGGGAGUCCGCCGGAUGGGGCGGGUCGGCGAGGAGAUGCGGCGGGUGGCGCUCGUGCAGGCCGAGGCCUUUCACGUCCCCGUCGCGCUCUUCAACGACUUCUUCUUCGAGUUCUUCAAAGCAGAGGUGCUGUCGGCGCUCAUUUACAAACUGAGGAAUUCGCCGCCUGACAGGUAUGCCUGUUUGGUGGCAGAAGAAGCCGAUGCGACUACCCAGGCAUUGCAGGCACCAUUUGAGAAGAUAAUCGGGGUCGUGGAUUGCAUGGUGCAGGACGAAGGAGACAUCCUUGCAAACCUCCAAGGCGCCAACGAGUACUUCUAUGUAUCAGGAAUAGCAGUGCUGCCAUCGUUCAGGAGGAGGAAGGUAGGCACUGCGCUGCUCAAAGCCUGCGAAGUGUUGGCUCUACAAUGGAGGCAGAGAUUCAUGGCUCUGAGGGCAUACGAGGACGACAGCAGCGCUCGAGGACUCUACUCCAAGGCAGGGUACAGGGUGGUGUCUAGGGAUCCUGGGUGGGUCACCUGGGUGGGGAGGAGAAGGCGUGUUCUGAUGAUAAAAGACCUGCCUCUCCAUGAUCCUCAUAUAGAACAACAAUGACAUGCAUACUUCUUGAAUUAGGUGUAUAGUCCUGCUAAUUUCUUCAGUCUGGUAUAACGGAUGGUGGAUGCAUUAACCAUUGUGUAGAAUGGAUCGGUGUUGGUGAAUUGCUCUUUUGACUGAAGCAAGAUAUGCUAGAGCCUAGAGCAAGCCAUGCAUAUUUGAUUAAGAUACUGAGCAGGUGCAAUCUUUUCAGACUAUUCAUAUUCCUUGCCUGCAUGUCUAUGUGAAUUGAGUAAUUCAGAUUCCAAGAUC